AUGAAACUCACCGAACUCCACGUCGACGGCUUUGGCGUUUGGAACGAACUGCGGCUGCGUGAGUUGUCCCCUUCGAUCACGGUCCUGUACGGGCCGAACGAGGCGGGCAAGACCACGCUGAUGCACUUCCUGCGGGCCAUGCUGUAUGGCGUCACCAAGGAACGCCGCGAGCGUUACCUGCCGCCGCGCAACGGCGGGCGUCCCGGCGGUUCACUGGGGCUAAUCACCGACGACGGUCCGUUCGAUGUCGUGCGCUACGUCGAGCGCGGCGACGACGACCGCGGCCGCGUUACCAUCAACCUCCCCGACGGCGAAGCCCAGGGCGACCGUCUGCUACGCGACGCGCUGGAGUCGGUCGACGAGCGGACGUACUGCAACGUCUUCGCGAUCGGCCUCGACGAGAUCAACGAGCUCGGCGCGCUCGAGGGCGCCGAGGCGGCGCGGUGGAUCUAUCGGCUCACGUCGGGCCUCGACCGCGUCUCGUUGUACGACGUGAUCCAGGGCUUGCGCACCAGCCGCAAACAACUGAUCGCGCCGGCGGGUGAAUCGUCGGUGAUCGGCGACCUGCUCGGCAAACGCGACAAGCUGCAG